ACCCACAAAGUGAGUUUACUUGCUGCUGGUGUACUUGGUCACAGCCUUGGUUCCUUCACUGACAGCGUGUUUGGCCAGUUCACCGGGCAGAAGGAGCCUGAUGGCGGUCUGGAUCUCGCGAGAACUGAUGGUUGAUUUCUUGUUGUAGUGGGCAAGGCGGGAAGCUUCGGUGGCGAUGCGCUCGAAGAUGUCGUUAACGAACGAGUUCAUGAUGCCCAUGGCUUUGCUGGAGAUACCUGUGUCAGGGUGAACUUGCUUCAACACCUUGUAGAUGUAGAUGGCAUAGCUUUCCUUUCUCUUUCCCCUCCUCUUCUUCUUUCCAUCAGAUGGAGCCUUUGCCUUUCCGGCUCUCUUCUCGCCUUUCUUUCCUGCAACUUUGGGUGCCAUGUCUGUCGAUCAGAAUGGAAGUGAAUACCCCAGGUUAACACAGAUUGUAUUUAUAACAAAAUCACUAGGGGAUCAAUUAACAUGCGGAUCGAAAUCCUUAAGUUUUAAUUGGUUAUUCUAUUUUAAUGUCAAUAUGCUUUCCGCAUACAUCAUCAUAUUUCAUCAAACACUUAACAUUUUUAAAGCGUGAUUGGUGCGUUUCGAUCCUAUUCAAAAUUUGCCUCGCGUAUAAACUGUAAAGUUUUUAGCUUAAGUUUAUUCACUCGUGCAUAAUCGAGCUCAAUUCUUCAUUUGAAAACAUGUCUGGUCGCGGUAAAGGAAAGGCAAAGGGCACCAAGUCCAAAAGCCGAUCAUCCCGAGCAGGGCUUCAGUUCCCUGUUGGACGUAUCCACCGUCUUCUUCGCAAAGGCAACUAUGCUGAGCGUGUUGGCGCUGGUGCCCCAGUCUACUUGGCUGCAGUGCUCGAGUAUUUGAGCGCUGAAAUCCUCGAGUUGGCGGGUAACGCUGCCCGUGACAACAAGAAGACUAGAAUCAUUCCCCGUCACCUUCAGCUUGCUGUCCGCAACGACGAAGAGUUGAACAAACUGCUCGCCGGCGUCACCAUCGCGCAAGGAGGUGUUCUUCCCAACAUCCAGGCUGUUCUCCUUCCCAAGAAGACUGAGAAGAAGGCAAAAGCUUAAACAGUGCUUUCCUGAUUGCAAAAACAAACGGCUCUUUUAGGAGCCACCAUAUAUUAUAAAAGUCAUGACCAUAAGCAGAACUAUAUAUGAACUUAGUAGAUACUCCCUUCUUCGAAUGAGUCGAUGAAGCCAACAAGAAAUCCCUUGUGCACUGAUCUUUCAUUCUUUCCAGUAAAAAUUGCGUAAAUAAAAAUUGGAAAGCUAUGCUCGGUUCAUUGCUGAGUUUUUUAGUAUUGGUCAUCACUUCCUUGCAAUUACGGGUAUACAUAAAUUUUAAAAAAGGUACAUAGAAAGCGGUGACUUCACAACGUGUAGAAAUCUGGCGAACUGUAAUGACUCACACAGUCAACCUUUACGACCGUAACGAAUGCAAAUCAGUCCCGACGCGCGCAAUCUAUCUUGAAUUGUAACGGCGUCCUUUACGAAGUUGAUUGCCGUUAGGCACAAACUGACGAUCCUUUAACUUAGGAAUAAAUAACGAUUAUCUUUAAAAUUUACUCAUACUCCAUUACUAACGUGCGGUUCAUUAGUUAUGACUGGUAAAUAUUUGGUGGCUCUUAAAAGAGCCGUUUGUUUCAGUGUGUAGCGCAAUGAUCUAGCAGCCAUUCUUACGUUUAAAACGGCCAUGGGUCACCCAGGGUAUAAAAGUUUGUCGGGUAUGCAUAAAUUUUAAAAAAGGCGGGUCGAAGACAUAUUUAAAAAGAGUAGAAAUUGCGCGAACUAUAAGAUCAGUGAAAGAUGACUAGACUAAAGUAAGUUCGAAUACUGGUUGAUGACAAUGUUGUUUUCUGAUGUCUGAUAAGAUUAACGUUGCAGAACAUUUGUUUUCACUCUAAUACUGAGUUCCGCUGAAGUCAACUGUGACGAUCUAACAAAUGCAAAUCAGUUGUUACCGACGCGCGCAAUUUAAAUUAUAACGGCAUGCAGUUGAUUGAUUUUAGGCAAGAAGUAAUGAUCCUUAGAAACUCGACAGCGAAAUUACACAAGAAUGAAAGCGAUUAUUUCUGAAAGUAACUUAUAUUCCAAAAUUUAACGUAUAUUCUGUUAUUACUGUAACACUUUCUUCAGUGCCCAAACUAACGAGAGGUGUAUAUUAUGAUAAAGAAAACACCUUGUUGGUUAUGACUUUUAGAGAUUUGGUGGCUCCUAAAAGAGCCGUUUGUUGGAGUGGGUAACGCAAAGAUCUAACCCUAAAUGGAACCUGAUUUGCUCACUUUUCUAACCCUAAUGGCUAAACUUUUGAGUCAUUCGGCGCAGGGCGGCCAUUCGACGUACUGCAAAAUAGAGUGACCGGCCAAGCUUCUCGCUCUCACUGCAUGGUGGCAAACUACGUAUUGUCUUUGUUGUGUUGACGAAAGAGGAUUUAAACCAAGUUAAAUGAGAGAGACUGUAAAAACUACAGGGAGAGGUUUAAAGAGUAGAAGUUUUCCUAUCUUCCAAAUGUUUCUACACAAAAAGAAAAUCGCAGGCGCAACAAUUAUACGACUUUAAAGGAAAAAUUAUUUCAAGAUUCACUGGAGCGAAAGGAUAAAAGGUUAGAUAUCGUUUGCUACACGUACCUUAACUCGUACAUAUUUGUGGUAAUCGCUUACGUUCAAGGCUUAGCUUUCAAUCUUUUAAUUCUAGAAGUAAUUUAUUUCUAUGUUACAACACUUUAUUUGACAAAAUCCACAGAAAACUAGCACAGAAGAAUCGUGCGCCAUGUUCGAUCAUUGUCUCCUCAGUGGUCCGCAUACUACUCAUUUACAUCACUUCGCAGUAUUCGGGUGUUCAAUCAGUGCUUUCGUAUCCGAAGGUAUCGUUCGAAGUCCAUCAUGUCUGAAGUUGCUCAAACAAAGUCACCGGCUAAGAAGAAGCCAUCUAAGCCUAAAAAGCCAGCUGAUCAUCCACCAUACAGUGAGAUGAUCAAGGCUGCUAUUGUAGCUCUGAAAGAGCGAGGCGGAUCUUCGCGCCAAGCCAUCGAGAAGUACAUCAAAGCCAACUACAAGGUUGGUGAAGUCGGCCCACACUUGAAGACGGCUCUCAAGAGAGGAGUUGCUGCUGGAAAGUUAGUACACACCAAAGGAGUUGGCGCUUCUGGCUCCUUCAAGGUGCCCAAGGAGGAAAAGAAGGCUCCGAAGAAACCGGCGAAGAAGCCAAAGAAGCCCGCCGCCAAGAAGGUAGCAAAGAAACCCGCGGCUAAAAAGCCAGCGGCGAAGAAACCAGCGGCUAAGAAGAAGCCAGCCAAGAAAGCAGCAGUUAAAAAGCCAAGUAAGAAAUCGUCACCGAAAAAGACUGCAGCAAAGAAACCAGCCGCCAAAAAAGCUACAGGAAAGAAGACAAAGAAGCCUGCAGCCAAAAAGCCCGCCAAGAAAACUGCCGCCAAAAAGCCCGCUAAGAAGUAAAGCGCAACACUUCUUUACAAACAAACGGCUCUUUUAGGAGCCACCACAUAAUAAAAAGCAAUAACCAAUGCAAGUAUUUAUACUACUGCAGCAUGCAGUGUCUGACUGUAUUCAGAGCUUUCGAAAGGAAACAAACAUGAGACAAAAGUGCUCCACAGGCAGCCCAAUAUAUAUAACACACUGAAAACAAGGGGCACACAUCGCACGUACGCACCCAUACACUAACUCACGGCCAGCCCAGGUUCGGGUUUCUCAAAAUAGAAUUAUUUUUAAUCCGUUGUUUACAGGUGACGUUGUAAACCUUUUUUUUGUUGUUGUUGUUGUUCUGGGAACACCUUUUUUUUUAAGGAACACCUUACUAUACUGGUGGUCAAAAUGUGUUUCUUGGACCCCAAGACCCAGCUAUGGUAACUCAAAAUGACAGUUGUCUUGUUAGCUGGCGGGGGGAGGCAGGACAUGGAGUGCAUAGGGAUUUGACAUUUUUUUCAAAAAAUGUCCUUCAAAUUCCCUUCCUACGGGCAAAUCAUUCAAGUCAUAUGCACAAAAAUUUCCCCUCCCCAGGCUACACAUGAUUGCCUUUGACUUAAGUUUUACCUAUGUUCUGGUGCUAGUAAAAGCAAUAACUGACAUCUUUUACUGAAAUGCGACAACAGUAUCAAAACAUUUAAGUCCCACACAGCAUUGUAGUCAUGUCAAAACUUCAACCUUAUACUGAGCCGAGCUAAUCUAAAUUAUAGAAUAUCCACGAGUGGUCCUGUCCCAUUGAUAAGAUUAAAAGAAUGUGAUGUUAGNGAUGAUAGUUUCUAACAAUUAACAACGACAACUUAGGAAUAAUUGUUUUCUAUCAAUCAAAAGAACCUUAUGUGACUUAUAGGAUCGCAAUGCUAGCCUAGAUCAUAGCAAUAUUUUACGAGCAGUCUUGGUUAACCAAUGAAAUCGCAUAGUUUAUAACCAAUCAGCAAAAAGCGCGCUAAGUAUAAAGUAUCGUGGAGGGAUAUUACAUACAUUAUUCGUGGACUUUUGAGUUAGCAGAAAUGGCACGUACAAAGCAAACUGCCCGUAAAUCGACUGGUGGAAAAGCUCCACGAAAACAGCUCGCCACAAAGGCAGCUCGUAAGAGCGCGCCUGCAACUGGAGGAGUCAAGAAACCUCAUCGUUACAGGCCUGGUACAGUUGCUCUUCGUGAAAUCCGUCGUUACCAGAAAUCAACCGAGCUGCUAAUCCGCAAGCUGCCAUUCCAGCGUCUUGUGCGAGAAAUCGCUCAAGACUUCAAGACCGAUCUGCGUUUCCAGAGCUCUGCUGUGAUGGCUCUUCAAGAAGCAAGCGAGGCUUACCUUGUUGGUCUGUUUGAAGACACCAACUUGUGCGCCAUCCACGCUAAGCGCGUCACCAUCAUGCCCAAGGACAUUCAGUUGGCCCGCCGAAUCCGCGGAGAGCGUGCAUAAGUGCAUUGCUUCUAGUUCAAACCAAACGGCUCUUUUAGGAGCCACCACAUCAAUAAAAGCAAUGACCAACAACCAUGACUUACUGUCAAGUAGCCCAAUUUGUCAGUUUCAACUGUUUUUCCAAGGGGAGUAAAGCACCCUUUGUCUUCAGAAUUCUAAGUUGGAAACUUAAAAAAAAAUCUUUCUGAGAUUAACAAAAAGGGGAAAAAAUCUCCAUUUACAAUCAUCACUAAACCAAACGUGAUGGUUUCUGUAGUAAGUGAUCUCUUGAUGUAUUUUCGCCCACUAAAUUUGUUAAUGAAAUAUGUAAGAACGCUUUAAAGUUGUCUGAUUAUUCUCUGCAGCGAACACCAACGUUGGCAAGACUAAUACACGUUCAAUGAAAAUUUUCUAUUUCAUUUUUGUACUAGAUCGCUCCUUUCAUUAAGUGAGUCAGUAGAAAAGUAAUUUUUCUAGAACUACUCAGUACUACUAUGAGUAUCUAUCAUCAGAAAAGACCGUAAGAACACAUGCCAAUAUUUUUACAAUACAAAAUUUGUAUUUUUAAAAUGUAAAAAUAUUAGCAUUUAAUGUAAUGAUAUACGACCACGGGCUGCCUGUCAAGGUUCAGCUAAAGGUUUUCAAAAACACCAAAUAGUUGCACUAAAAUCUACUAUUCUUUAUCUAACCUAAAAUUCUUAAAUCUGGUUCGCUAUAUCUAGCCGUAAAAGGCAAGUUAGCGAUAAAGCAAACGCACAUUUUCCAUAAUACUGGUUUGAAAUGGUUACAGGUCGUUUCGACUCAGGUGUAUUCAGUAGAUGUGUAACUAAUUUCACAUACUCGGCUUAACAGGAAUAUUCCCCCGAAAUAUUCUUCUUACUCACGUGCAAAUUACACUUAUAGUGAUCAAACUUUUUGUGUAAUUUAUUUUCAGUGCUUGAGAUCGUUUCGAAACGACUUUUUUAAACAGGUUUCCUACAAGUUUGGUAUUGUUGAAAUCCUCUCAAAUUCAGUCCUGUUGAUCGACUUCCCAUUAAAUCACCCAGCUAAUAUCCAGCAAAAAGUUAAAAUCGCUAGACCUAAACGAAAUUCACUGGUUUUCGAUGAGAAAGAAGACCCACGCAGGAGUACUGAAUAUGCAGAACGACAAAAGGCCGCCGCUGAGCGCCGAAUAACUAUGAAGUUUAGUCCUUAUGCUUAUAGCGUUACGAAAAUCAUGAACCAAGUUUCAGAUUAGUUUCCCCAGUAUAAUGACCCUAAAUGGAACCUGAUUUGCUCACUUUUCUAACCCUAAUGGCUAAACUUUUGAGUCAUUCGGCGCAGGGCGGCCAUUCGACGUACUGCAAAAUAGAGUGACCGGCCAAGCUUCUCGCUCUCACUGCAUGGUGGCAAACUACGUAUUGUCUUUGUUGUGUUGACGAAAGAGGAUUUAAACCAAGUUAAAUGAGAGAGACUGUAAAAACUACAGGGAGAGGUUUAAAGAGUAGAAGUUUUCCUAUCUUCCAAAUGUUUCUACACAAAAAGAAAAUCGCAGGCGCAACAAUUAUACGACUUUAAAGGAAAAAUUAUUUCAAGAUUCACUGGAGCGAAAGGAUAAAAGGUUAGAUAUCGUUUGCUACACGUACCUUAACUCGUACAUAUUUGUGGUAAUCGCUUACGUUCAAGGCUUAGCUUUCAAUCUUUUAAUUCUAGAAGUAAUUUAUUUCUAUGUUACAACACUUUAUUUGACAAAAUCCACAGAAAACUAGCACAGAAGAAUCGUGCGCCAUGUUCGAUCAUUGUCUCCUCAGUGGUCCGCAUACUACUCAUUUACAUCACUUCGCAGUAUUCGGGUGUUCAAUCAGUGCUUUCGUAUCCGAAGGUAUCGUUCGAAGUCCAUCAUGUCUGAAGUUGCUCAAACAAAGUCACCGGCUAAGAAGAAGCCAUCUAAGCCUAAAAAGCCAGCUGAUCAUCCACCAUACAGUGAGAUGAUCAAGGCUGCUAUUGUAGCUCUGAAAGAGCGAGGCGGAUCUUCGCGCCAAGCCAUCGAGAAGUACAUCAAAGCCAACUACAAGGUUGGUGAAGUCGGCCCACACUUGAAGACGGCUCUCAAGAGAGGAGUUGCUGCUGGAAAGUUAGUACACACCAAAGGAGUUGGCGCUUCUGGCUCCUUCAAGGUGCCCAAGGAGGAAAAGAAGGCUCCGAAGAAACCGGCGAAGAAGCCAAAGAAGCCCGCCGCCAAGAAGGUAGCAAAGAAACCCGCGGCUAAAAAGCCAGCGGCGAAGAAACCAGCGGCUAAGAAGAAGCCAGCCAAGAAAGCAGCAGUUAAAAAGCCAAGUAAGAAAUCGUCACCGAAAAAGACUGCAGCAAAGAAACCAGCCGCCAAAAAAGCUACAGGAAAGAAGACAAAGAAGCCUGCAGCCAAAAAGCCCGCCAAGAAAACUGCCGCCAAAAAGCCCGCUAAGAAGUAA